AUGGAACCGUCUUACUUCUCGAGCGAAUAUAUGCAUCCAGACGGCUCGCUGGAGGAGGACCAUGACGAAGAGGAACGAAUAACGGAGGAAGACAGCUGGGUGGUGAUCGGUUCCUUCUUUGGGAGCCACGGAUUGGUGAAUCAGCAGAUCGAAAGUUACAACGAUUUUAUCGAGUACCGGAUGCAGGAGAUAAUAGAUGAGCACCCCCAGAUAGAAAUCAGGCCCCAGCCACAGUACCGCUCAGACCGAGAUGAUAGUAAAAACGUAAUGUACGCAUUGAAGUUUGGACAGCUCUCCCUAGAUAGGCCAUUCUACGAUGAAAGAAAUUUAACCAAUAAGAACCUGUGGCCUCAGGAGGCAAGGCUGAGGAACCUAACAUACUCCUCUGCUAUAUACAUAGAUAUUGAGCAGAGUACAUACGUGGUGGAAGAAGGUUCAAAGAACCCCAUUUUGAAAGAAAAAUUUGUAUAUGAACGGAUUAACUUGGGACGAAUCCCACUGAUGUUGAAAUCGAUGUUUUGUUGGACGAAAGGAUUACCAGAGAGCGAAAUUGCUGAUAUGGGUGAAUGUGCAUUUGAUCAGGGAGGAUACUUCAUUGUGAACGGAGGGGAGAAGGUUCUAGUAGCACAGGAGCGAAUGGCUCACAAUUUUAUCUAUGUAUUUAAGAAGAAGCAGCCUUCUAAAUUUGGCUGGGUAGCUGAGAUAAGGUCUCAGAUGGAGAGGUCUCAAGCUACAUCUGCCUUUUCUGUGAAGAUGAAAACGAAAACGGGUUCUAGGGGUUCUGGUGGUGGGGGUUCAGUCAGGACAGGAGGACAACUCGUGGCAACCUUGCCGUAUAUAAGAACCGAAAUUUCCGUUGGAAUUUUGUUCAGAGCGUUGGGUUGCACUUCCGAUCGGGACAUCCUCCAAAGGAUUGUCUACGACUUUAAUGACAAGAUGAUGAUUAACACGUUAAGGGAGACCCUAGAGGAGUGCAUAGAUUAUCCUACACAGGAUAUUUGUCUUGAUUUUAUCGGAAAAAGAGGACCCACCGUUGGGGCAUCUAGGGAGAAAAGAAUUCUAUACGCCAAGGAGCUUCUACGGAAGGAGGUUCUACCCCAUAUGGGAACCGGCCCAGGAGUGGAGAGCAAGAAGUCCUAUUUCAUUGGGUACAUGAUUAAUCGGCUGCUCUUAGCCGAGUUAGGAAGAAUUAAAGAAGACGAUCGGGACCACUUUGGGAAGAAGCGCCUGGACAUUGCAGGGCCUCUAAUGGCUAGCAGCUUCUCCACCUAUUUUAGAAAAAUGGCGAAAGAUGUGAAACGGGUUCUACAGAGGCAGAUCGAUAAUAACAAGCCAUUCGAUGUUGCGGGGGCGGUUAGGAGCUGCUCGCAAAUUACGCAGGGGAUGCAGUACCAGCUAGCUACAGGCAAUUGGGGAAAGGACAAAGACGGGAAGGUGAUAAGAACGGGAGUUGCGCAGGUUCUUAACCGAUUGACGUACUCGUCAUGCUUAUCUCAUUUGAGACGGCUAAACACACCAUUGGGUCGAGAAGGGAAGAUGGCGAAACCCAGGCAGCUGCAUAACACCCACUGGGGAAUGAUUUGCCCCUUCGAGACGCCGGAGGGUCAAUCCGUAGGUCUCGUAAAAAACCUAUCGCUAAUGUGUGACAUAAGUGUGGGUACCUCCACGAACAACAUUUUCGAGUUCCUGCUGGAGUGGGGUCUAGAAUCGCUGGAUGAAGUACCACCCCAGUUAAUGAAGGAAAAGGUGAAGCUGUUCCUGAAUGGAAAAUGGGUUGGCUGUUUCAAUCAGAUUGAUAAUCUAAUCGAGACUUUGUAUGAGUUAAGGAGGAGGUGCGACAUAUCUCCGGAAGCUUCCAUCGUAAGGGACGUCAACAGUAAGGAGAUUAAAAUCUUUACCGAUUCGGGAAGAGCCAUGAGGCCUCUAUACGUGGUGAAGAAUGUCAAAGGGGAAAACAAGCUCAAGUUGACCAAAGAACAUGUGAAAAAUAUGAUGGCGUAUCCGGAGACCUACAAUUGGGAUUACCUCAUCCAAGAAGGGAUCAUCGAGUAUAUCGAUUGCGAAGAGGAGGAAACGACUAUGAUUAGUAUGUUUAUCGAUGAUUUGAAGACAGGGACGGGGUACCAUAAUAAUUAUACUCACUGUGAGAUUCACCCGUCGUUGAUCUUAGGUGUCUGUGCAUCGAUUAUCCCAUUUAGCGACCACAACCAGAGCCCCCGUAAUACGUACCAGAGUGCCAUGGGGAAGCAAGCCAUGGGAAUUUACGUCACCAACUUUAACAUUCGAUUGGAUACGCUGGCCCAUUUGUUGUACUACCCACAGAGGCCACUUGUAUGCACUAAGGUGAUGGAGUAUCUACGAUUUAGAGACCUCCCUGCAGGGAUUAACGCGAUCGUUGCUAUCAUGUGCUACACAGGGUACAAUCAAGAAGACAGUCUCAUAAUGAAUCAGUCUUCCAUAGAUCGAGGUCUGUUCAGAAGUGUAUUCUAUAGAACCUACACGAGUGAAGAGAAACAACAAGGGAGUCUCAUCAUCGAAUCGUUUGAGAAGCCCUCCAUCCGAAGUGUGAAAAAUUUAAAGAGGGGAGAUUACACUAAGUUAGAUAACGACGGGUUAAUCGCUCCAGGGAUACGGGUUCUAGGAGACGACAUCAUUAUCGGGAAAGUGUCUCCAAACAUUGAAGAUGAGGAUGAUAUAGUGAUUCAGAAGAAGGUACCCAAUCUACAGAUGAGUUAUAAUAACUCUGGUGUGUCUACCUCGAACGGGUUUAUCUCAGGGAAGGAUUCGGUGACCGGAGGAAGCGUGCUCAAUGGAAGUGCAGGAAGCGUUUGUGGGAGCGUUUCCAGUCCGUAUUCUCCCUCCACGAUUGGAAGUUCCAAUUUGAUGGAUUCUGUCCCCGAUUCGCCAAUGAGUGAUCGGUAUAGCACCAGCGGGGCAGUAGUCAUGACAGCGAUGGCCCCAGCAAGUGUGGCUUCCUCCACCCCGAGCAGUACUACCAUUUUUAGAAGUGGAAAUACUCUAUCCAGUGUAAAUAGUCCCCAAUAUGCAACCACGAUCGUUUCUGCGUCUACCAAGGACGAUUCAGAAAUUCCAACGCUGACUAUAAGUACCUCUAACAUAUUGAAGCAGUACAAGAAGGAUUGCUCUCUCGCCUUACGAGAAAAUGAAAACGGGGUGAUCGAUACCGUCAUGUUAUCUUCCAACAGCCGAGGCAAUAAAUUCGCUAAGGUAAAAGUCCGCUCAGUACGUAUCCCCCAAAUUGGAGAUAAGUUUGCCAGUCGACACGGGCAGAAGGGGACCAUCGGAAUUACGUAUCGAACGGAAGACAUGCCCUUCAGCUCAGAUGGUACCUUCCCAGAUAUCAUCAUGAACCCACAUGCAGUUCCAUCCCGUAUGACCAUAGGUCAUUUGGUAGAAUGUCUAGCUGGCAAAGUCGCAGCGAUAGAAGGCGGAGAAGGGGAUGCAACCCCAUUUUCGAAAAUCACCGUACAGGAAAUAUCACAAAGGUUACACAGCCUUGGGUAUGAGAAGUACGGCAAUGAUGUGCUGUAUAAUGGACACAACGGGAAAAUGCUCAAAUCGAAGAUCUUCAUUGGGCCGACUUAUUACCAAAGAUUGAAACACAUGGUGGAAGACAAAAUUCAUGCUAGGAGUAGAGGCCCUCUCACGAUGAUUACGAGACAGCCAACGGAGGGACGGUCUCGGGAUGGUGGGUUACGUUUCGGGGAGAUGGAAAGAGACUGCAUGAUUUCGCACGGCUCUGCCAAAAUGCUUAAGGAGCGCCUCUUCGAGGAAAGUGACGCCUACCGUGUCCACGUCUGCGAUAAUUGCGGCCUCUGCUGCAUCGCCGACAUUAACAAGAACGCCUACGAGUGUACCGUCUGCAACAGUAAGACGAACAUUUCGCAGAUCUACAUCCCCUACGCCUGCAAGCUGCUCUUCCAGGAGCUCAUGACGAUGGCUAUAUAUCCGAAGCUGGUGCUGGAGGAUAUGUAG